AUGCAUUGGAAGCUAAUUGUUGUGAUUGUCUCUGCUUUCGGUGUGAUAAAGGAAUUUCGGCCGGCAACACCGUUCCUUACACCUUAUCUUAUCAGUCCACCCAAAAAUUUCACUAAUGCUCAACUUUACAGUGAAAUUUAUCCAUUUUGGACCUAUUCUUAUUUAAUUGCUUUGAUUCCAUCAUUUUUCUUAACCGACAUACUACGAUAUAAGCCAAUUGUUAUAUUAGAAGCAGUGGCACUAUGUGUUACGUGGAUUAUAUUAAUAUGGGGCAAAACGAUAUGGCAAAUGCAAAUUAUGCAAAUUUCUUUCGGCAUAGCAUCGGCGUGUGAAAUUGGCUAUGAAUCGUAUCUGUUCCUUAUCGUUGAUAAGAAGUACUACAAAUUGGUUUCAUCUUAUACACGUGCUGCUACACUCAUUGGACGAUUCUUUGCCUAUGCUUUGGCUCAAUUCCUUAUUUCAUUUAAUUAUGGAUCUUACUUACUCUUGAAUCAAAUUUCCUUUGGUGCGGUAUGCGUAAUAAUACCAAUCGCGGUCGCUUUCCCAUCCAUAACACCGGAAAUUAUUAGCAGCAAAACUCAAAGGAAGCAAACGGAUGACAUGCGACAAAAAGAAACUUCUGAAGUUUCGUCCGAUAAAACAGAAAAUAUUAAAGAUUCUAGUAGUGUAAGAAGUGAAAAUAUCAGAGAGAGCGUAAAAGAAAAGAAUGUUGAUCGUAGUAUUGCGACAUAUUGUCGUUUCAUUUUACAACAACUCAAAAUAUUCACAAAGAAUAAAAAUGUCUUGAAAUGGAGCAUAUGGUGGGCAUUGACAACCUGCGGAUUUUAUCAGAUUACAAAUUAUGUGCAAUCAUUAUGGGCUACAAUGCAAAAUAUUUCAGAUAAUUUCAAUGGAAUUACCGAAUGCAUUAACACUCUUAUUGGUACGUUAAAUUAG